AUGUCAAAAUCCAAACGAGACGACGAUGCCACUCUCCUUGAGACCAUCGACUCUCGCCAGGUACACGAACUCUACCAAAUUAAACCCCAUCCCAUUACCGGUCGACUCAUCGACUCCUAUCCUAUUCGCCGCACGAAGCCCAUGCGCGUACUAUGCCUCGGACAAUCACGAACAGGCACCAUGGCUGUCUUCACAGCCCUCAAACAAUUAGGCUACACGGCUUACCACAUAUCCGCUGCCAUCGGCAGCUCUAAGACAAACCUCAACCUCUGGCGCGAAGCACUCGACGCCAAGUUCUACGGCAAGGGCAAGCCAUGGGGUCGGGAAGAAUUCGAUAAGAUUCUCGGGUUUUACGAUGCUGUUGUCGAUAUACCAGCUAUUUGCUUUGUCGAGGAACUUGUGGCUGCGUAUCCAGAAGCUAAAGUCAUCGUCACUCAACGAGAUGUAGAUGAUUGGCUGAAUAAUAUGGAUUCAACAGGUGGCCGUGUCCUACGAUGGCCUCUCUGGAACACUCUAUCAAGAUGGGAUCCUGCUCUGGCAGGCCCCUUCUACGAGUUCUCAAAGAAAGCCAUGUUCGCGAGCUUCAACACCAUGACUGAUUUCUCGCAAAAGUCACCUGCUCGUCAAGCCUUCCACGACCACUACGAGCUGGUCAAAAAGACAGUCCCGGUUGAAAGAAUGCUAGUGUUUCAUGUUCAGGAGGGAUGGGAGCCUCUUUGUAAGUUCUUGGGCGCGGAGAUUCCUGCUGGAGAAUUCCCAAGACUAGAUGACUCGAGACAGUUUGUUCUUGCACAUAGUUUGAUGUGGUGGGUUGCUUUCGCGAAGAUGGUGGGCAAAGCUUCAUUUAUGAGUGCUGUCACUGGUGUGAUUGCUUCAAUGAUUGCAGUUUGGAGGAUGAAAUGUAUGGUCAAAGUCGGUGCUAUGCUUAGGCCGUUGGCGGAACUGCGUUGA